CCCGGAGCACAGAAAACAUCAUCAUGGAACCACCUUCCGCCUCCAGCAAUCCAGGAUACGAAAUAACCGGCAGGAUCAUAGUCAGCGUCAUAGUCGUUUUGUUUUUUGUUAUGGUCAUCGUGUUUGCUCUCCACCUCUACGCCCGCUGGUUGCUCUUCCGCGCUCGCCGCCGUCAUUUGCCAGCCGGCCGUCACGGCGUUUAUGGGACACGCGUCGUUGUCUAUGUAGGCCCAGCUUAUAACCCGGCCACCACUGUUUCCCGCGGUCUCGAAGUUUGUAUCCACAGGUCUCUCCCCGUUUUCACGUACUCCGCCGAAACCCACCCCGAUUCUGUUAUGGAGUGCGCCGUUUGCUUGUCGGAAUUUGAAGAAAACGAAUCGGGUCGAAUUCUGCCCAAGUGUAAUCACAGUUUCCACACAGAGUGUAUUGACAUGUGGUUCUACUCUCACUCCUGUUGCCCUCUCUGCCGGACCCCGGUUGAGGAAUACAGGCCAACGCCGGCAAACCCAGGUGAUGUACCUUUGACCAUACAGGAACCAAGAGGAGUGUAGUCGGGAUCGGUCUCGGGUUCAGGGUUCAGGGUUGUGUGCGACGUGUGAACAGAUAGGUACGUCGUCGUUUGGGGGACGGAUGGAGCUGUCAUUGGAAGUUCCGAGAAGGAACGGCGAAUGGUUUGAAGGCGAGUCAAGCUCCUAAAGGUCAACCAUGAGUAGGAUGUUGUCAUUCAGAAGUUAUUUAUUUAUUUAUUAAGAUGAAAGAGCAAUUAUUGUGAAAUAAUUAAAAAAAAAGAGG